AACUCGAGGAGGCAUUACGUGAUAGUAUCAAGUCCAAUUCCGAAAUUACUAGUGAAUAUAAAAUUAUGCAAGAGCGGCACUUGGGACACGUUUCUGAACGUGUUGUAGACUAUCGAUCAAUAUUAGUGGAGAAUACUCAGAUAAGAAAGCAGAAGAGCACUCAACGAGAACAAAUCCAGACAGUUGAACAGAGUGUUGCAUCAAUGCCCGCGACAGAGAACAAACGACGCCGAACUACAGACGCAGAAAAGUCUAUGCUCGCACAUGCUGAUAUGCUCGAGCAAGUUUGA